AUGAACGACGACCAUAUAUGGGCUGCAUUGAAGGAUUACACGCAAAUGCCAGAUCUCAUAUACAGCUUACUACUCUCCGAGCCUCGACCAGGUAUCCGGAAGGAUAUUGCAGAGAUUAUUUUCUGUCUCUGCGGCGAAUCACCACUCCAAAAAGGUUACUGGUCAAACACAGUCUCAAAGAACGCCAUUCUAACUGGCAAUCUCGCGACUGUCACUGGUGCAGAUAUGGUGAAGUGUUUUUGGCAAGCCAUUUCAUUACUUUUGCCUCGGGCUGUCGAGCAUCCCCAGCUUGCACAGGAGUUCUUCGAGGUUGCCUUGGUGACUUUCCAUACUGUUGCCAUGCUCCCUACGACAGAGAUCCCAUAUAAGCAAUAUGUGCAGGACUGGGGAAAUAUCCUUUUGAGCCACAAUGGCACAGAGUUUGUUGGUCGUGAACGUGUUGAUCAUGUUGUCUUGGGCUUUGCUUAUCUCCUAAAGAUGUGCAUCGAGCUCGCUAUUUCAGAGAACAUUGAUGCUGGUACUACCAACCUUAUGGCGAAUUUGUUCAUCACUCUCCUCUUCCCCAACCUAUCUGAUACUCAGGAUGAUAAGAUCCAACCAGGUAUUCCCAUCAUGAACACUACCACUCGCCAGGAGAUCUAUAGCAUCAUUCUUCUUCUUUGUCGGAGUACGAAUAACUGCGCAGAGAUGUUCGAACUGCUCGAAGACAUAAUUCCUUAUGACUACACAUAUGAUCCUACGUGGAUAUUUGAUCGUUCGAAAACAAUUCGCUCCGCGGAAGGAUAUGCUGGCCUCCGCAACCUCUCCAACACGUGCUAUCUCAAUUCCUUAUUCACCCAAUUAUUUAUGAAUCUAGACUUCCGCAAAUUCAUCCUGGAAGUCGAAACUUCAGAAGACGAUCCCACCCAAGCAGUUCUUACUGAGACAAAGAAAGUGUUUGCAUACCUUCAAGACACAUGGCAGAAGAGUGUCGAUCCCCAGAAUGCUGUGGAUACUAUUCGAACGUAUGACAACGAGCCAAUUGAUAUCAACAUUCAGAUGGAUGUCGACGAAUUCUAUAACCUACUUUUUGAUCGAUGGGAAAGCCAAAUACGCUCCGCUGAGGAUAAGAAAAAAUUUCGAUCUUUCUAUGGCGGUCAGCUUGUACAACAAAUCAAGUCCAAGGAGUGCGAGCACAUUUCUGAGCGCCUGGAGCCGUUCUCCGCCAUUCAAUGUGAUAUCAAAGGCAAACCCGGCCUUGAGGAUAGCUUAAGGGCAUAUGUCGAAGGAGAGAUUAUGCAAGGAGAUAACAAGUAUUCUUGUACCUCCUGCGGAAAACACGUAGAUGCAGUUAAAAGGGCGUGUUUGAAAGAUAUACCAGAUAACCUCAUAUUCCACUUGAAGAGAUUCGACUUUGAUGUCAUUUCAAUGAUGAGGAGUAAGAUCAACGACGAGUUCCACUUCCCUGAGCGAAUAGAUAUGUCUCCUUUCACCAUCGAUUAUCUUAGCAACCCUGAUGCACCUAUCGAACCUGAUAUGUUUGAACUCGUCGGAGUUCUGGUUCACAGUGGCACAGCUGAAUCAGGACACUACUAUUCCUACAUCAAGGAAAGGCCAUCGCCUGGGCCAAAUAACUCCUGGGUGGAAUUCAAUGACUCCGACGUGACAAGAUUCGAUCCUGCUAAAAUUCCAGAUCAGUGUUUUGGUGGCACAGGUGACAAUAUGCAUAGCUUGAGCCAUGUCCGUUUUGGCUGCAAAGUGUGGAAUGCAUACAUGCUCUUUUACCAACGGGUUUCGAGUAUGGAGAAAGCGAAGGUAGUUUAUGCGGAUUCUAUUGGCGAUUGCCCAGCUCGCAUUCCUCUUCCGCUGGAAUUAGGAAAUCACAUCGCCCUGGAAAACGAAGUGUUCAUUCGCAUUUAUUGCCUCUUAGAUCCAAACCAUGCACGCUUCGUUGUUGGCCUCUUCAAUCGAGCACGAGAAAUCAACCGGACCGAGAACACUGCAAUCGCCUCGAAGAUUCAAAAAAUGUCAAUGCAUGUCGCUCUGGAUACUUUAGAACAGCUCGUUGCCAGAUCGAAGGACUUGCCAGAAGUUGAACCCCUUCUUAUCGACAUCAAAAGAUCUAUCGAUGAAUGCCCUCGCUCUGCAUACUGGCUUUUGCAGUGGACUGGUAAAAGACCGCUGCUUCUGAGGAAUCUCAUCGCAAAGAGCCCCAACAGCGUCAUUCGUGUUGGUUUUUCGAAGCUUCUAGUAACGGCGUUAAGCCGUCUGCAAGAUCGACUAGGGGACGCGGACUCUGACAGAGAACUCCAAAGUGAAUAUCAUCGAGAAUACAUGGAUAUGCUUGAAAAAGUUGUGGGAAUCAUGGUGAUUAUGUGGAGCACACUUCACUUCUACUCCCGUGCCUGGGAUGACUAUUUUGAAGUUCUUGUUGAAAUUGCCAACCUUGGACCGUAUGAGGUUGAAACAUUAGUAGAGCAUGGCUUCCUUCUACGAUGUCUGGAAAUGGUAUGGCUGGACGGCCAUGAUUCCAAGAGACUUAAAGAAGUCUAUCCCGCUUAUGUACGGCUGAUAGAGAAAGGAAGAAAAUUCUCACACUACAAACUCACCGAGCUACUUGCUAUUUUCUUGGAGAACAUUGACAUAGUCGCCGAGCCAAUACGAACCGGUCAGUCACGACGAACGGAAGCUGGCAAGCUUGCACUUUCUUACGCGGAGAGCGAGCUUGUUCUGGCGUUGGGUGACAAAAGGGAACUUGCACUCUUAAAGAAAGUCAUUGAGCAGCAAGAAAACGUUGAUGCAGCACGGAAAAUAUUCACUACUUUUUUGAGCAUGACUCCAGCCAUCGAUGGACUGAUGGAUAGCAUAGUACACAUGCUUGAGGAGGGCCUAGCGGUCGAACCAGCUUCUCUCGCCAGUCCAUUUCUUGAAAUAACACUACUUUUCUGUGGCAUGGUUCCUGAAAUUGACCGUGUUCGAAGUCUCAUUGAAUUUGCUACAAAAUCAGUUGACUCGAUAAACGAGGCUGGUGGUCGUGAUCAUAUCACCUUCAUCCAAACACUUCCAACGCUUAAUAACGCGGCCAUUUUGGAGCAAGACGAGUUAUUUUUCUUGUCUCUAGUGUUAGAAAUGGCACCUUAUUGGGCUCCAACAUUACUCCAGUAUGACGAUCGAUUGGUCCGAAACUCAGCGUUUGAAUAUUUGCAAGAAAUACUGUUCCUCAAGAACCUUGAUGAUGCCACGGAAACUACUCGACAAUUCUACCAGCAAACCGGACGCCAGUUGGGACAAGCCUGCAUUGAUAAACUUCAAACGACAUACCUCGCUACCUCAAAUACCCAGACCGUUGUAGAUGCAUCAACUGUUGAAAUCAUUCAAUAUGUCAUUAAAUUGUGCAUUGAAAAGUAUUUUGAUGAGGAAAAUAUCGAAGGUGACAGAGCUAUUAUCGACCGCGCUGGAGCUGUCCUCGCAAGUUUGGAGCAGUAUACAGUGGAAAUGCCAGAGGAUGUUGGAUCCGGUCCUGACUUUCCUUCAGAUGCCUGGGAGGAUAAUUCCGUGAUCGCCAGUGACUCGGAGAUUGGCCUGGCUACUUCGCCGUAG